UGUUGGUUUCCAUGCGGAAAUUUUUAUUUGCUGUUUUUUAUACCCAUUUGACGAGAGACAUUAUAGUAAUUUAAUCUUAAGUUGCAUAUGUGGUUAUAUUAUGCAAUUUUAGUUGUAAGUGUUUUUAUUUGUUUUUAUUUGUUUUUAUUUGAUGGUCAAGCCGGUAUUAUCUACACGAUUUGAUUAGAAUUUGUUUUUACUGUGUAGUCACAUCCAUUUGCCUCAGGAUAAAAUAUGGGUGAAUUAUGAAAGUUUGUUGCUAAUCAAGUUUAAGAAAUAUAGGAAUCAUAAGUCAUUAUGAAUGUUGAAACACCCAUUGAAACGGUAGUUCAACAGCUUGCUAAUGCUGUUGAUCUAACCAUGAAUCCAUCCAUGUCGCCAGAAAAACGUCAUGAAGCAUAUCGAUUAUGUGAUAGUUUCAAAAAUGAGUUUCCUUUGUGCGUUCAGUGCCAGUGUGCUUUAUAUUUUACAAGUGACAAUGCACCAUACACGGAUAUGGUUCGGCAUUUUGGUCUUCAACUCAUGGAAGAUUGUAUUAAAUUUCGGUGGUACCAAAUGGUUCAAGAUGAUAAAUUACUUAUUUUUAAUACGAUCAUGAGUCUUGUUAAUUCUGGUUCACCAACACUACAAAUUAACUAUUUGAAAGAUGCGCUUGCUAGAGUUGUUGUAGAAAUGAUCAAAAGAGAAUGGCCACAGCAUUGGCCUGGAAUGUUAAAUGAAUUAGAAUAUGCUACAACAUUAGGUUGUUGUCAGACAGAAACUGUUUUGCUAAUAUUUUUGAGAUUAAUUGAAGAUGUUAUCUUAUUGCAAACUGUUGACAAUGCAGCUAGACGGCGAGAAAUAAAUAAAGAACUUCAAUUGAGUAUGUCUAAAAUUUUUCCAUUCUUUUUAAAUGUGAUUGAUACCCAUUGUAGACAAUAUUUAGAAUUCUUAAGUAGAAAUGAACAAAAUUCUGCUACUUCUUUAAUUCGAGUAAUCAAACUUGCAUUAGCAAAUAUUGGAGAGUUAUUUGAGUUUAUUCAACUGUCACAUGUGAAUUUUAAAGAUUGUUAUAUAAUCACUGUCUUAUGCUCAUUAUUAGAUGAUAUUAAUUUUAGACAACCUGCUGUUGAUUGCUUGUCUGUAUUACUUUCAAGAAAAUGUAAAAAUGAAGAAAGAGAAUGUAUUAUUCAUUUUUUUGAUCAGCCUUUACAUCAAUUAUCUAUGGUUGUACUAAAAUCAAUUAAUCAAGAAGCAAAUGAUGAAAAUAAUAUAUUUUUAAAAACAUUAUCCAAAGUAGUGUCAAUGUUGAGUUCUGUAUUGUGUGCUUUUUGGAAAGAUAACAAAUUGCAUAACUUUAGUGUUGAUGAAUCUGAAAAAAUACUUAUGUAUUAUGUUGAAUUGUUGCAUGUUUGUUUGGGCCAUGCAUCGUUGAAUGUUAUAACUAAUAUAAAUCAAGCAUGGUGUACAUUAUUUAAGCAUACUGAAAUCAGUAAGAAUAUUUUAUUACAACAAAAUUACAUUCCAAAGUGGUUUUUGUUAUCAUCAAAGAAAUUAAUAAAGAUAGAUUACAAAAACUUAGAUCCAUUCACCUUACUUGAUUUUACAGACGAGGAAAGUUAUAAUACUGUAUUUUAUCAUACACGAGCAGAGAUAGUUGAAACGAUAAGAUGUGCUUCUGCUGUUGAAAAUACAAUUAUGUUUACAGUUACAGAAAAUUUACUUAAAUCAUGCAUUGAAAAAACCUCUACAAGGAUGAAAAUUGUUCCAUUUUGUAAACCGGAUUCUGAGGAAUUUCUAGAAUGGGAAGUUAUUGUAUUAAUAUUAGAUGGAGUUGUAAGUAAAUUAUCAUUGGCUCCAGAUUCUGAAAUUGUUCGUAGAGGAUUAAAACUUAUUGAAUUAUGUUUAAAAUUUGAUACUAGUGACCCAUUAAUAUUAUCAUUCCUUCUUUCAUCUGUAUCUGCAUUAUUUUUUUUUCUAACGGCAACAUCUUGGCCUUCAGAAUAUCUUCAUGCUACACUAAAUAAAAUGUAUGAAUAUUUAAUACUUGAGUGUCAUCCAGAUGAUCAAUUGUAUGUCCCAAUAAAGGAUUUAAGAUUCCAUUCAGCAUCUUUAUUUAUUAAAUUAAGUAUCAAAUUUCCUCAUCUUUUACUGCCAGUUUUUGACAAGCUGUGUUCAUUAAGUGAUCAACUUUUAUUGAAAACUAGCAAAACUGGUGAACAUCUUAAUGUAUGUUUACGUUUACAAGAGUCCCUUUUAGUACUGAAUAACUAUGUACCAGAUUUUGAAAAACAAGCUCAACUAAUUACACAUAUUUUAGAACCUUGUCAAUUGAUGUGGCAAAAACUUCAAAGUAUUGUAACUGGAAGUCCUGAAGGAUUAUUAGCAUAUUUAGGCCUUGAUAGGCCACCAGUUGAUUUAGAAUCUGAUCCAUGCCUGCAAAAUCGAAAUCAUUUGUCUCAUUGUGUUAGUGUAUUGGCUAGUGUCAUGACUAGAAGCAACACAAAUUCAAGCUUAUCAAAAGUUCCAUUUGUUUCACCAGUUACUGAACCAGUUUUAUUACUUCUCCCUAAUGUAUUUUUAUUAAUUAAAAAUUUAAACUCAUUAUGUUCAGAAAAUGUAAAAAAAUUAAUGCAUCCUAGUUAUACUACAAUCUUACAAAUAUUUCCACAAGAAAGAGAUACGUUGCUUGGAAAAAACACUGUAUCUGAAAAAAAUGAUCCAUUCCAGAUGUUUAGACAAAAACCAAAACCUGAUCCAACAUAUAAAAUCAAAUGUUCAAUUUUAAAUGUUUAUGAAAGUUGUUUACUUGUUCUUGGAAAAUCCUGUCUCCUAAUUGGUGAUCGAUUUUAUGCAUUACAAAACUUUGCUCCGAGUUUUAUAGCAACUAUAAUGAGUGAUGCAGAUUCCUUGCCACAUGUACGAAUCAGAAUUAUUAUGAAGUACUUUAUCAAACCAUUUCUUAUUAACUGUUCGAGUAAAUAUUAUGAUACAGUUCUUAUUCCUAUUCUAAAUUCAUUUUUAUCUCACAUGUUAAUACGUCUAAGUGUAACAUGGCAGAAUUUACCAGAGCGAGAAGAAUAUGAUUCUAAAGAAGCAGAUUCUGAAGAACUGUUGGAAGAUAUGAUGAUACGGCUGUUAACUAGAGAAUAUUUAGAUUUAAUACGUUUAUGUUUAACUAUUUCUAAUGAUUCAAAAAAAACAAGUCCACAUGGAAGUGUAGAAGAAAUUCCUAUAUAUCAAGCUAAUAGUGAUUUAUCUGAAUUAGGUGUAAAAUUAUUACGAAAUGAACAAUCAAGACGGUUAAUUAUAGAAAGUAUUUUAAAUGGUCUGUCAUGGAAUUCAACUAUAAGCCAAUUUUGGAAAACUUGUCAAAUAUUUCAAUGGGAUAACCGACCAGUUUUACCACCCUGGCUUGAUAGUCAAUCUAGUUAUAAAGCAACAUAUUUAAUUCAAUUGAUUGUCAAACAUUUGGCUGUAGAAGAUGAAAGAGAAAGAGCUGCUAUGACAAUUGCACCAGACUUGUUGAUAGCAGUUCUAGAAAGUCUUCAUUGGUUUGGUCACCACGAUUCUAAUAUAGGCCCUCUUUUAGCAACAUGUCUUAACAUAUAUGAAACAUUUCGUAGUAAAAAUGAUCAGAUAUUAGGUGUUCUUCAAAAGUUACCACAAAUUAAUUUGGAAACAUUAGAACGUUUUGAUAAAUGGGUUAUGAGCAAUGAAACGUUGAAUAACAAAGUGAACAAAGGUAAACGAGAAAUGUUAAAAAAGUUACUGACAGGUUGUAUUGGAAAAGAUGUUAGCCAAACUCAUAAAUGCAAAGCAGAACUAAGAGACUUACCUAAAAUUCAUAUUCCAAAAGUUUGCACUUCAGAUUUAUUAGAAAAUGGUGAUGAUUUGAAUAUCAACAAUUUACAAAAUUAAUUUGUACAUUUUAUUAAUACAUGUAUUUUUCAUUUU